CAGGCCACUGGAAGGAAGUCUGCCAGAGACAUUCUGACAAGUGUGUACUAGUAGUGUGUGGCCAGUAUCGUCGUCUCGCAUAAGCCAAAACCUUUGAAAUGCGCUUCUUUGUGGUUCUAGCCACCUGCCUUGCCGUAGCGUCGGCCGAUAUCGGGCUCAAGCUGCGCCAGGGAGCAGCGGCCGGUAGCAGUAGCUACGCCGGUAGCCAAGGCACAGUGAGCAUCGAUUACUCACCCACCGUCUUCGAAGAUACGGUCGUCGAUGGAGCUGCAUCCGGUGCCAGUGCUGGCUCAUACGCUGGAGCCGGCUCGUAUGGCGGCGCUUCCUCCGGAGCGUCCAGCAAUGCCUACGCAGGCGCUGCCAGCGGUGCUCAAUACAACCAGGCGGGACUUUUUGGCGGUGCUGGUGCAUCUGCCGAUUUGUCUGCAUCGGCCGGCUCAUUCGGUGGGGCCGGUUCAUUCGCAGGAUCUAACGCUAACAGCUUCGCCAGUAGUGGCGCGUUCGGCUCGUCUUCGGCCGGUGCAUCCGCCUUUGCCCAAGCCAAGACGGUGGUCCGCUAUGAAGCCCCGGUGAUCAAGAAGAACUUCUACUACCACGUAGCGCAGGACGAUGCGAUUGCUGAAACCGAAACCAAAACCCUCACCAUCACGCCUCGCAAGCACUACAAGGUCAUCUUCAUCAAGGCCCCGUCUGCUAGCGCCAACGCCGGUGCAUCGUCCAAGGCAGCCAGCCAAACGGAAGAGAAGACGAUCGUCUACGUGCUCGUCAACAAGCCGGCUAAGGCAAACGCCACUAGUGAGGCCGAGGCAGGCUCUUACUCCUCUGGUAAGCCGGAGGUAUACUUCGUCAAGUAUCAGGGUGCUCAGGCUACCUCUAGUUCAAGCUCUAAAUCGCAAUCGGGUGGAUCGAUUGCCAUCAGCGAUGCCAAUGUUUACUCUGCUGCUGGAGCCAAUGCUUACUCUGGCGCUGGUGCUGGAUCCGGUAAUGUUGGUGUUAACGCUGGUGGGACUUCAUUCGCUAAUGCUGGUGCAUCGGCCGGUGCUCGCAGCGAUGUGCUGGUUGGUUCGGGCGGAAACAACGGUUUUAAAAUUGCCUCUGCUGGAGCCUCUGCUGCAGCCGAUUCCGGAACCUCUGAGAACUGGUCGUGAGUGAUAGUAAUGAUGUAAUAGGAUGGAGUUUUGUUUGUAAGAUUAGUAAAAAGAAGCCAGUAAUUGUAUCAUAAUAAAAGCGUAU